AUGCCCGAACACGAUGCACUCGUGUUGUCGUAUAGCCACUUGGCCAAGCUUCCCAGAGCGAACGAUGCCCUGCAGACCUUGAAGAAAGUAGCUUCCCUUGUGAAGCCUAUAAUGCGAGCGCGCAACUGGAAAGUCCGAGAGUUGGCCGAGUUCUAUCCUGAACAACAUAAUCUUUUAGGUCUCAAUAUCAACCGAGGAGCCAAGAUAUGUCUUCGUUUGCGACAUGCUGGGGAUAAAAACCAGUUUAUGCCUAUCGAAAGUGUUGUCGAUACAAUGCUACACGAGUUGUCGCACAUAGUCCAUGGCCCUCACGAUGCCAAGUUUCAUGCCCUUUGGGAUCAGCUCAGAGAUGAGCACGAGGGUCUGGUUCUUAAAGGCUACACCGGAGAAGGCUUCCUCUCAGAGGGGCGGCGUCUUGGAGGCUCAAGAAUACCACCCCUCGAGGCUCGUCGAGUGGCACGAGAGGCUGAAGAGAAGCGACGAGCUCGCCCCGGUACUGGAUCAGGCAAACGUCUAGGGGGCUCUGCUCCUCGGCCAGGUGAAGAUAUUCGGAGAGUAAUUGCGGAUGCUGCUGAGCGGCGGAGCAGGAUCCUUAAGGGUUGUGGCACAGAUAACCUCAGCGAAACUCAAAUUCGCAACAUUUCAGACAAUGCCACAAAGAACGGUUUUCGAACACAGGCCGAAGAAGACGAGGCUAAUGAUGCAGCCAUAGCUCAAGCCCUGUGGGAACUAGUGCAGGAAGACAAAUCUGUCGAAUACGGCAACUCUUACAUCGCUCCCACGGCGGACAACCCAACUGGAAAUGGAGGCGGAUCAGUAAUCCCGCAUAGGGGACCUGGUGGUAGUUCGGAGAGGUCUGGAGAGCCUCCAGGCUGGACAUGCAGCACUUGUACUCUGCACAAUCCUGCUAACUAUCUAUGUUGUGACGCCUGUGGGAUGGAGCGGUCCGAGAUGAGUCCAAGGUCACAACAGGUUAAGAACAACCGCCGAUCCAGAUCGCCAGUAUCGCAACCUGCUGUUAUUGACUUGACGACUUCGAGUCCGCCACGAGAUCAGCAGAAGUCUGCCACAGCGUCGCGGAAUUCAAGGCCAAGAGUCACAGGUCAAGAAACUGCAUCGUCGGGACCGCAGAUGUGGGAAUGUAGUUUUUGUGGGACGGUGAUGGAAAAGAAGUGGUGGACUUGUUCGACAUGUGGGAAAAUCAAGGACAAUUCACGAUAG